AUGAAGCUGAAAGCUUUGAGCGAAGAAGCGAAAAUGAGGGUCAUUGUCAACAAUCGAGCGCUGAUUGAGAUCGCGAUAGCACGGUACGACUGCACCGUGUCUCUUACGGAGGGUGUCAGGACGUUUGUGAUGGGCCAUUUGUUGGCGGGGCCGAAGAAUACGUUGAGUGAGUACAGCAGGAGAGUCUGCGGGCAGCUGCGACACUUUGGCUUCGCAGGCAAAGAACAAUCUGUUUCGAAAGAGCUCGCAAACUUGAUGCACGAGAUCUCGAAACCGUUGCACGCUAUGCAAGUAUCGAGCACUAUCGACCGAGGGUAUGUGGUAGGAGGGGAUCAGCCACAUGCAGAAGCGCUUGCGAUCAUGAUCGCAAAACUGCAAGAAACAAAGCUCGUCGAAGGCCUGGAUGUGCUGCUGGUGGACGGAAGAGGAAAAUGCCGAUGUGUGCUGAGGGACGGAGAAAUAUUGGCAUACAGUGGCGAGUCAGGUGACGAGUAG